AUGUCGAGCACGUCGACCAAAGGUCCUUCGGCCAAGCGCGCCCAUCCCAAGUACAGCGAGAUGGUCGCCGCCGCCCUCAGGGCCCUCAAGGAGCGCAACGGGUCCUCCCGCCAAGCCAUCCUCAAGUUCAUCCUCGCUUCCUUCCAGGUCGGAGACGAGAGGGCCGCCGGCGUGCACCUGAAGCAGGCGCUGAGGAGAGGCGUCGCCAGCGGGUCCCUGCAGCAAACCAAGGGCACCGGCGCCUCCGGCUCCUUCAGACUUUCCAAGGAGGAGCUGAAAAAGGCUGCGCCCAGGAAAGACGAGAAUACUCCGGGAAAGGCGGUGGCAAAGAAACCCAGCGCUAAGUCUACAACGAAGAAACCCACUUCUAAAACUGCAGCGAAGAAACCUACUUCUAAGACUGCAACAAAGAAUCCCACUUCUAAGACUGCCGCAAAGAAACCCACUUCUAAGACUGCAACGAAGAAACCCACUUCUAAGACUGCAACGAAGAAAUCCACUUCUAAGACUGCAACGAAGAAACCCACUUCUAAGACUACAACAAAGAAACCCAGCGCAAAGAGCACACCGAAGAACGGAGCAGCAAAGAAACCUACCUCUAAGUCUAAAACAAAGAAAGUCCCCACUAAGAAUGCAACAAAGAAAUCCAGCAUAAAGAACGGAGCAACAAAGAAACCAGCGGCAAAGAAGACGACGUUAAUGGAAAAAAUAUUGAAUACAAAAAUCUUGAAUUUAUAUUCUCCUGAAAAGGAAAACAGGCACAGAUGUCUGUUUGUAUUUGCCCUUAAACUAUCCCGUGUGUGCAAGGAACGGCCGGAGUUACCAUCUACUGGUGUACGGGAUUUGAAUGCGGGAACUGCACCAGCUAAGAAAAGAAAAGAAAACAGAAAAGGAGAGUCGAGAACUGUUGAUUCAAAAUUAUUUAUUUUUGCUACAUUUGACCACUUAUUUAUUUCAGUAUAA